UCGCUAGACGCCGCUAUAGAAAAUUGAAUGCUGGCUGAUUCCUAUAGAUUGAUUUUCGUUUCACCGAGAAUAGAACGGAUAUAUUUUACGACGGACUUCUGUGUGAUUGAAUGAAUAUAUAUGUGCAGAUAAGCUUUUUAUGUAUCUUAUUUUAUUUUACAGCUGUACAAAUAUAGUGUGUGCCGUUGGAAGUUAAAUUCAAUCUAGGCAUUGAUAUGUUUGUUUCCUUUUCAAAAGUCGGAAUUAGAUAAAUAUCAAAACAAACGCGUAUUUUCAAAACAUUUAAUAUGGAUUUAGAACGUUCAUAGUUUAGAAAGCAAGUUACAGUUGUGCCUAUUUUAUAACAGAAAGAAACGGGGGAAAAUGAGACUUUACACUGAAAACAGACACAUUACCAAAUGUAUUUUAUGUGUUAUUUUGUUUUUCUAUUACUGCGAUGGCCUAAAGGAUAAAAAUAUUACAAUUGGAGGAAUAUUUCCAAUGUCUGGAAGUUGGGCAGGUGGGCAGGGAUGUUUACCCGCCGUAGAAAUGGCUCUGGAAGACGUUAAUUCACGGGAUGAUAUCCUUUCGGAAUAUCAUUUAAAUAUGGAUUUUGACGAUAGCCAGUGUAUGCCUGGUCUAGGGACGAAGGUGUUGUACGAGCUAUUGUAUAACCAGCCAAAGAAGGUGAUUGUGUUGACUGGUUGUAGCAUAGUGUCAACCUUUGUUGCACAGGCGGCAAAAAUGUGGCAUCUUAUUGUUCUAGCAUAUGGUUCCAGCUCUCCAGCGCUGUCAAACAGAGACAGAUUUCCGACAUUCUUCCGUACACAUCCUUCCGCCACAUUACAUAAUCCGACACGAGUCAAGAUAUUUCAACUCUUUGAAUGGAAAAGGAUUGCUACCAUUCAAGAAACGCAAGAAGUGUUCACAUCGACUGUUGAGGAUCUAGAGGAACGGGUUAAAGCAGCAGGUAUAGAAGUUGCUGUCCGGCAAAACUUUCUAACUGACCCUACAAACGCUGUUCGAAACCUAAAGAGACAAGAUGCAAGGAUCAUAGUUGGUGUAUUUUAUGAGGAUAUGGCAAGACGUGUUUUCUGUCAGGCAUACAAGGAAAAGCUGUACGGAAAGAAAUACGUUUGGUUCAUAAUUGGUUGGUAUCCCAAUAAUUGGUACAAAGUGGAUGAUCCAAGUAUUAACUGUACAUCAGAGCAACUGAAAGAGGCACUUGAAGGACAUAUCACAACAGAAGCUGUUAUUCUCCACCAGGAAAAGACGAAAACAGAUACAAACAUGACAGCCCAACAAUUUAAGGAACGCUUAGACGAGAGGUUAAAUGUUUCGGACACAAGCCAAGUUGGAGGUUACCCUGAAGCACCGUUGGCAUAUGAUGCCGUAUGGGCGCUUGCGAUUGCUCUAAAUACCACAUCAGAGAGACUAAGAGACAGAGGUCUGAAUAUCGAGGACUUUAAUUACUCAAACUCUGAGAUUACUGACGAAAUUUAUUCUGCAAUGAAUUCAACUAAAUUUGUGGGCGUAUCGGGUAACGUGGCAUUUUCAUCUCAAGGUGACAGAAUAGCCUGGACCAAAAUUGAACAGCUUAUUAAUGGGACAUAUUAUACACUUGGAUAUUACGAUCAAAAUUCAGACAAUCUCACCUGGCUGCAUAAGGAAAGAUGGACAGGUGGUCAUCCGCCCCCAGACCGAACAAAACAGAUGCCAGUUUUAAGAGUUGUUUCCCUCGGUUUGUUUUUGUCGAUGUGUGGAUUGUCUACCUUUGGUAUUAUUGCUGGUGUUGCUUGUCUGAUAUUUAAUAUAAUCAACAGUAAUCGCAGGUGUAUCUUACAUUCUCAUCCAAACAUGAACAGUAUUGUUGUUCUCGGUUGUAUACUUUGCCUUUUAUGCGUCUUCCUCCUUGGUCUAGACAGUCGUUUUGUAGCAGAAGAAACAUAUCCUUUAAUUUGCCAGCUUCGGGCAUGGAUAUUAUCGCUUGGAUUUUCUCUUGCAUAUGGUGGAAUGUUUUCUAAAAUUUGGACAGUACAUAGGCUAACUACGUCAAGCCGACAGAAAAAUAAAAAGGAGGUGAAAAACUGUGAAAUGUAUGUUGUAUUAACAGCAAUUAUUUUGAUCGACCUGAUAAUAUUAUCGACAUGGCAAGCUAUAGAUCCGAUGUAUCGUUCAUUAGAAAUGUUUGACCUUGAACCUGCUCCUUCCACAGAUCAGGAUAUAAUGUAUAAGCCAUACUUAGAACAUUGUGAUUCCAAUAACAUUUCUAUCUGGCUAGGUGUUGUAUUUGGUCAUAAGGGUAUACUUCUUCUGUUCGGUAUAUUUCUAUCAUAUGAGACUAGGAGUGUUAAAUUAAAACAAGUCAACGAUUCUAGAUUUGUAGGGAUGAGCAUUUACAAUGUGGUUGUGCUAUGUGUUAUAACGGUGCCCAUAGUUUUAAUAAUCAAAAGUCAGCAAGAUGCAUCAUUUGCGUUUGUUGCCUUAGCCAUUAUAUUAUGCAGUUUUCUCUCUCUUGGCUUGAUCUUUGGUCCAAAGGUGAUAGAGAUUUUACGAAAUCCUAAGCGAAAUCAACAUGAAAUCAGGUCAUUGACAGAGUCCGUUGUUGGUAAAGAAGAAGAAGAACGUCAUCAGAAACUUCUCACUGAAAAUCAACAGCUGCAAGCACAGAUUGCUGAGAUGGAAGAGAAAGUGCGAACUCUUAACAAACAAUUGAAAGAGAAAAUGCAAGAACGAAUAAGACUUACAACUAAUAAGUGUAAUAACUCCAAUUUGUCUGUAGAUCAUACAUGUGUACAAAAUAAUAAGAAGCCUUCUACAUAUUCUCCAUCAAAGACUGAUGUUAUAAAGACACCCGAGUGUAUGAUAUCACCAGAUUAUUUUUCCGAUUCCGGCGUACAUACUUACUCUACUGUUAUUCGAAGUGCAAGAAAUUCGCCAUCUGAAAACGAGGUUUAAAACACUGAAUUGGAAUAAAACAUGGAUAUAUUAUGCGAAAUACUGAAAUCAUAAUGACAUUUCGUUAUUCAAGGCUAAACAAGUUAAAGCUGUAGAAAUGCAUCAGAUGAAAUGAUGAGUGCAAAAAUCAAUAAACAUAUAAUGACAUACUAUUUUAUUAUACUAAAUUUUAAUAUUUAUUAUAAUGUCAGACACAGGUUACAAGGUCAAUCAAAAUAAAGUGUUUCAGUUAUAAACGCAUUAUCAAGACAAACUACAUGGGACAUACAACCGUGCAGUAUUUCUAAAUACAAAUUAAAGGAUAUAAUUAAGCCAAAAGCUGAGUGUUUUUUUACUAUGGAAACAACUGAUAUUAAUUCAUAUUUGUAAGAAAACGAAUUUGCAGGAAUUAAUAGAAGAGUAUUUACCAUCGGAUGUGGCUGAAAUUGGUUGAUUCAAUAGUAUUAUCUAUUAUCGUCUUAUACACAUGAUAAUGUUUUUAUUUAUAAAAAAAAUAAGCACAUUUAUAGUAAUUUGAUUUUAUUAAAUCAUACACAUGUUUUACCUACAAAACAUGUUUGAAUUCUAUGAUUUUAAAAGCCGAACAUAUUUGAAGUUUGAUAAAGGCAAGUCGCCAUACAACAGAAUUAACAAGAUCUUGGCUGUAUAAGGUUGAACUAUGUUUUAUAUAUUUCAAAAAUACAACAUAUCAAGUUUUUCUGGAAUGUUGAACAUAAAGUGUUUUUUUUUAAAUCUCACAUAAGACAUAGAUUAAUCGGGGCUGUUGUGAAAAAAGUUUUGAAUUACAACUUUUUUGUAAAUUUUGAAUUUGAACGUCAUUAUUUUUUAGAUUGAGUAAACGUGACGUAUUUAUAAGAAUUGAACGGAGUGACAAUAUAAUUUUUUUUAAAUAUUAUACUUUCAUUAAUUUUACAUGUUUCCUAAAGUCAUGAUACGGUUCUUGUCAGCGACCAAGUGUUCUUCUUGCACACUUAGUUUUGGCUUUGACAACACAAUCAUAAGAAAUUUAAUUCCGUUAGUACUGUCAAAUGGCAGGAUUACAUGUAAAGCUACAUUCUGUGUUGCUAUCUUUCUGUACGCUUAUUGUCAUUUGUUCAUGUUAUUAUUAUAUAUUCAUAAUUGUCAAGUCACAAAAAUAUCUGCUGAUAUCAUGUAUAGAUAAAAUAAAUGCAGUAAUGCUGUAAUAUGUAAGUUGAGUAUUAAUUUUGAAAUAAAAUUUGAA